UCUGUUGAUGGUACUUGAGUAUGCCAGCGGAGGAACACUUCAAACCGUUAUAAAGCGGCAAAAGAUCAUGAACAGCCAGAAAAUACUGUUUUAUUCAUCGGAAAUAGCAGUGGGUUUGCAGUUCUUGCAUGCUAAAGGGAUUGUUCAUCGAGACCUCAAGCCAGAAAAUGUUUUUAUUGAUAAAGAAGGCCAUAUUAAGAUCGGCGAUUUUGGACUAGCCUGUGAAAAUACACCUGGCCAUAAGACCCGUUAUGGGCUUUAUGGCACGCCAGGAUAUAUAGCCCCAGAGAUUUUGUCAGAGGACCCAUAUGACUCAGGUGCAGACUGGUGGUCAUUAGGGGUCAUUGUAUAUGAAAUGGCCACCAGCAAGUUACCCUUUCCACCAGAGAGAAACUUAAGACAACUGCUGUACACGAUCAUCUAUGAAAAGCCCAGAUAUCCAAAAUCUCUUCAACCGGAAUUGCGUGACCUCCUUCAACAACUCUUGCAGAAAAACCCUGACACUCGCCUUGGGGUCUAUUCCAACAUUCGGAACCACCCAUUUUUUUCAUCGAUUGACUGGGUGAAAGUGGAAAGAAGACAACUGGUUCCACCUAUGAGACCAAAAAUUAGAUCAGUUGCAGGGCUCAGCAGUAAGAACAUCCCAUUCCCAAAAGAAGACCCAAGGGAAACCAGUGUGCUUGAAAACUUCAACUAUGUAGAUCCGAGCUGGCAAGAAUAGUUCAUCUUUGUGCCACUGUAGAAGACAUUGUUUUCAUCCUGAAGCAACCUAUUGGGUAAAGUAUAACAUUCUGGCAUUGACUAAGGUAAGUGAAUGGUGUGUUUCCAUCCCAAUGCUGUUAACACCUUCAGCUUCUUGCAGAUUUAAGCGCUGUUCUGCAUUACCUUAGAUACCCAACAGGUUAGGCUGCCACCCAAAAAGGAUGUAUUCAUCUGACGUAUUAGAUCCAGAUUUGUAGGAGUGUGUGUAAGGCAGCCACCAACACCGGAACAAGAACUUGUAGCUGCCUUUAUUUGUUCUUGUAAAAAU